AUGGUUGCUGAAACCAUUCAGGCAAGAAGCCAAGGAAUAUUAGUUUCUAAUGAGAAUGUUAAUGUCAAUGUCUCUCAUCUGAAUCUCAAAAAACGAGACAUUCACAGCCAUACCGAGUUAGAGAAGAUGUCGUACAGGCUUGAGAAGGCAUUGCUCUCAAGGCUAGAGAGUUUCCUAUGCCUGCAAUACUUUACCUACGGACGCAGGAACAAGCAGACACAUGUUUCCAACAAGAAGGCAGACAUCAAUUUGGCAGUGGACAUUCUGACAACGGCUCAGCAGAGAAGUGAAGCGAAGAGCACGAGGCUUCAGAUAGCAGCAGCAAUCUGCAGAACGAGUGUCUUCUUCUCUGCGGUACAAGAGCUAGCGAAGAUGUCCCCUCCUUCAGUGCCAAGGCCCAAAUAUUCACUGCUCGGUGCUGGAUCUGGCGGCUCCCGGCUCACAGGGGCGUCGGCGGCUCGUUGGCGCCAGGGGGGCGCGGACAGGUGCGGAGGCGCCUCCCGGCCGGUGGCCCGGCGGCUCGCGGGGACUUCUUUUUCCUCCCCGGCGACGACGGCGCCACCAAACCUCCUUGCCGGCUGCCAGCAAAUGGGAUCGGGGGAGGAGGGGGAAGGAGGUGCCGCACUUGGCUCGGUCCGCCCGCCGCCGCAAGGGACCGGAGGAGCGAGCUCCUAG